AUGGCUGCAGCUGCACCAAAAGUCAAGACAUCAAAUCACGCACCAUACAUCGAUUUGGUCAGAAAUGCCAUCAUCGAGAUCAAGGAUCGCAAAGGAGCAUCUCGUCAAGCAAUCGGUGCUGUUCUUUUGAGAAACACCACACUUGGAGGAUCAUCCAAAAUGGUAAUCGUUCAUUUAACUGAAUUAGCAUGUUGAUGUUGAAUUUAACAAUUUCAGAUCAACAAAAACAUCAAGAGCGCAUUGCUCAAAGGUGUUAGUGAUGGAGUUCUCAUCCAAACAUCUGGAACUGGUGCAUCUGGUCGCUUCAAAGUCAACAACGGUGCAAAGGCUCCUGUCAAAGUUUCGACACCGAGAACUGCAAAGGCUGCCGAACCAGCAAAAAUCAAGAAGAUCGCCACGGCUGUUCCAAAGAAGGCUAGUGAAAAAUCCCCGAAAACUGCCAAACAAGUGAAUGCUGUUCCGAAAACAACUGCAGCCAAAACUUCCACAGCAGCAAAAUCAGCUAAAAAUGCUCCAGCGGUCAAAAAAUCGUCGACAACUGCAAAAGCCACCGAAACUCCAAAAAGUGCGCCAAAGCCAAAGAAAGCCGCAGCCAAGCCAGCUCCAAAGAAGGCUAAUAAGUAA